UUCUUCCUCCGAGGCAGCUUCUCCGAGCCGCCAUCCUCUGCUUCACCGUUCGGUGUACAAUUAGACGUGGGUACCAAACCAGCGGUGACAUCAACCUAAGAAUAUGGCCCGACUGCCCCUCAAAAUAUCUGCCUCAUCCCCUCCCGUCUCCGUCUUAGUCCUCCCCCUCCAUCUAUAGUUUCAUCGUCUUCCAUCAUCGAUCAGCGACGCAUCGAGAGAUGCAUCAUCCGUGGCCUCCCCCAUCCUUCCGUCUUCUGCUUCCCUUCCUCCUUUCCCUCUUCCUCUCUUCCUUACCACCUUCCUUCUCCGACGACGACUACCUCCCGCCAUACGAGGCAUGCGCCCCGAGGCCAUUACCCUGCGGAGGCCGCAACAUCAGCUUCUCCUACCCAUUCCGCCAAGCAGAAAGUCAUCGUGAGUGUGGCUAUCCGGAUGCUGAACUCAGCUGCAACACCACCGACGACACCUUGACGAUUCACAUCGGCAAAAAGCAGUACCGAGUGAAGGAUAACAACAUCGACUACGCCAACAACCUAGUCACCGUCGUUGAUCGAGAUUUUGUUGACAAUCCCUGCCCCCGGCCAUCUGAGAAUACCACUCUGGGUUUAGCGCCCUUCCAGUACACCGGUGACGACCUCAACGCCACCUUCUUCAUCGAUUGCCCCAGCCUUCCCCCACCGUUUUUUAGCAUCGGUUGCCCCAAAGGUGGCGCUGCCGGACCGUCGUCAUACUAUUGGCCGGGAAAUAGUACCUUGCCUGACGAGGUGUACACGUGUAGAACAUCGUUUGUGCAAGUUCCCAUGAAUCCGACGGCUAUCGAACAGUGGAUACACGGAGAAACGAAUUUUGCCGGAGCACUGCAGGAGGGAUUCACCUUGAGCUGGCCAGCGGAGAUCGGGGAGUGGUGCAGCGCUUGCAACGGGUCCGGCGGGACGUGUGGGUAUGAAUCCUCUAUGCCGACCUGUUUCUGCUCCGAUGGCUCCGCUACAGAUGGUUCGUGCGACAAAAAGGAGAACCGGGAGUGGUGCAGCGAUUGCAACGGGUCCGGCGGGGUGUGUGGGUACAACUUCCCAAAGCCGACCUGUAUCUGCUCCGAUCGCUCCCAUACAGAUGGUUCGUGCGACAAAGGAUCUCGCACCAAGAAGAUUGUAAUUGGUGUUUCGGUCGGCGUGGGAGGCUUGUUGGUCAUAGUAACCAUCCUCGGUCUUUUCCUUUUUCGUCGCAAGAAGAGAAACCGGCUCUCUCCGGUUCUGCUGUCUCGAAGAGCCUCAUCUGAGCCAAUCAGCUCCAAGAAAGAUCCUGAAUUGGGCAAUGAACACUACGGCACCCAAGUUUUCGAGUACGAGGAGCUCCACGAGGCCACCGAUGGCUUCAACGCCUCCAAUGAAGUUGGUGAUGGCGGCUUUGGCACUGUCUACAAAGGGAAGCUCCGGGAUGGUCGCACCGUGGCCAUCAAGCGAUUGUACGAGAACAACUUCAGGCGUGUCGAGCAGUUCAUGACUGAAGUCCACAUCCUUUCUUCCCUCCGACACCACAACCUUGUCAGCCUAUAUGGAUGCACCUCCCGCCACAGCCGCGAGCUCCUCCUCGUGUUCGAGUUUGUGCCGAAUGGGACGGUGGCGGACCACCUCCAUGGCCCCCGUGCGUGCGAAGAAGGGCUCCCGUGGCCUGUGAGGAUGAGCAUCGCAAUCGAGACCGCCCAGGCGCUCAGUUACCUCCACGCCGUCACGCCCCCGAUCGUACACCGGGAUGUCAAAACCAACAACAUCUUGCUCGACCGCAGCUUCCGUGUCAAAGUCGCCGACUUUGGAUUAUCCAGGCUCUUUCCGCUCAACGUCACGCAUGUCUCCACGGUUCCACAAGGCACGCCCGGGUACGUCGACCCUGAAUACCACCAGUGUUACCAGCUCACGGACAAGAGCGAUGUCUACAGCUUUGGGGUGGUGUUGGUGGAGCUCAUAGCCUCGAAGCCGGCCGUCGACAUCACUAGGCAUCGGCAUGAGAUUAAUCUGGCUAAAAUGGCCGUCAACAAGAUCCAGAACGAGGAGUUGGAUCAGUUGGUCGAUCCAAGACUCUGGCGGCAGUCCAACAGCGAGGUAAUUUGGAUGAUCAGACAGGUGGCUGAAGUGGCAUUCGGGUGCUUGCAAGAAGAGAGGGACAUGAGGCCUACGAUGAAAGAGGUUCUGGAGGCACUGAGAGGGAUAGAGGGCAAGGGGAGCAACAGGAAGAAGGGUGCGGAAGCUGAUGAUGCCGUGGCCAAGGAUGAUGACUGCUCCUUGCUGGGGGAAAGGCCGCCACAUUCACCAGAUACUGUCAAUGCCGAAUGGGAAAGCAGGCUAACGACACCAAACGCUAGUGUUUGAGGAAGACGUCCUCUGCUACUUUUCUGAUGAUUCUGUGUAAGCCACUUGCAUUGAGUUCUUAAUGAGAGCGAUAAUAAUCUUGGGAGAUUGACGACUCUCAUAAUUUUUCGAGUGCCCUGAAGAGUUCUACCGUAGAUUGAUGUUUGACUUUCGAUCUCCUGUUGGAGAGGAAAGGUUUCUUUUCUUUGCUUUAAUGUUUCAGACUAUAAAAAUGGGAAGACCGACCGAAUCAGUAUUUUUA